CAAAUUUUCUAUAAAAACCAACACCAUUUCGAUCUUUCAUUUCUCAAGUCCUAACGGUUAUUGAUCAUUUGCUCUCUUGAUUGUGUGUGUGUGUCUGGGUGGAUAAAGAUGGGAGCUGCUAGGAGAGUCUUGAACACGCUUCUUGCGGCAUUUUUGUGGGUCAAUGCACAACAUGCAUUCGUAAGUGGUGCUUUGACAUCAGAAUUGCAAAGCAAAAUCGCUAAAGCCAACCAAAAGGGACCUUAUCUAGGUUUGGUCAUACCAAAUUCAUUUGAACUGGACCCUCUUCUUCAGAAUCCAAGUUACACUCCAAGUGACACCAUCAUAGACUUCGCAGGAAGGAGAUUUCGCUUUGGAGCCAUCGGCGACAAACGUGUUGUACUGGUUAUGACAGCACAGAGCAUGAUAAAUGCAGCUAUAACUACUCAGCUUCUGUUAAGCUUUUUCUCAGUGGAAGGAGUGGUCCAUUACGGUAUUGCUGGAAAUGCAAACCCGUCUUUGCAUAUUGGAGACGUAGCCAUUCCCCACUAUUGGGCUCAUUUAGCACUUUGGACCUGGCAGAGGUAUGGACAAGGGCCCAAUGAUUCAUUACCCUUAGAUAAUGGAGGCUUAACCAGAAAAGUUGAGUACUUAAAAUUUGCAGAUUUCACCUCAAACGCAAGUGCGGACAGCACAUUUGACAACCUACUCAACAAUAUAUGGUACCAACCAGAGGAGAUUUUACCCAUUGAUGGCAUUCCAGAAGAAAGGCAACAUGCAUUUUGGGUUCCUGUUGAUUCGAAGUACUACCAUAUUGCUCGAAAACUGGAGGGCUUGAAGCUAGAUGCGUGUGUAAACUCAACCACAUGCUUAUCCACGACACCGAAGGUGGUGCUUGUGGAUAGAGGAACAAGUGCAAGUAUCUACCUUGACAAUGCAGCAUACAGAGCAUUCAUCUACAAUAAGUUUCAUGUGAGCCCAGUAGACAUGGAAAGUGCAUCGGUGGCCCUUAUAUGCUUACAACAAAGGGUGCCCUUCAUUGCUAUUAGGGCUCUCUCCGACUUGGCUGGCGGUGGCUCCGCUGAGUCCAACGAGGUUGAUACUUUCUUAUCACUCGCCGCCACUAACUCAGUGAAGGUGGUGAUUGAGUUUGUGAAGCUCUUGUCACUCCACUCGAAAAGGUGGUCCAUGUAAUAUUAGUCUUUCAAUAAUCCGUGCAUGAUGCACCUCAUAGACAACCUGCUUAUUUGUUGUUUGGAAUUAUCAUACAUGCAUUGAUCGACACGGUGAUA